AUGCUGAAGUACCGCGUUAGGCCGAAUAAUUUGUACAGUAGAAAUCGAGCAAAAACAAAUAGCAGUAUCAGCCUCGGUGCACCUUUACUGUCCCUGGAUAAGCCAUCAUCUUCGUCUUCGUUAUCGUCAGCAUCGCAAUCAUCAACAUCGUCCCAGGAAACAAUUCAUAUCCGGGAUCGGUCCAGUUCACUCAGCUCACUGAGUUCAGUGGACAGCAGUGAUUCCAGUGAAUGGGUUUGCUUUUCCUCCCUCGAUAUUUUUGGUUAA